UCCUGACCACUACACUUCACCUUCCAAUUCUUGAAACUCCAUUAAUGAAUCUUUAAACCCCAUUUGAUUUCUUGGUUUUUCUACUUGGCAAUUUUUAGAAGAAAAAAAAAGUAUAAAAAUUGAAUCUUUGAUUGGUUCUAGGAAUUGGGUUGUUCUUAAUUUUCUGGAUUAAGAUCCCAAGAUUAAUUCUUUUUUGAUAUAUUAUAUGGUGGAGACAGUAACAUCGUCGUUUUGGUGGCGGUGGACGCAACCCCAUCACCACCCACGUCGAUGGGUGCCGUCAGUUUUCACCACCCACAAAGUCAUUGUCACUGCUGUGUGGAUCGCGUUCUUGGUAACCGUUUUCUGGUGGCAGGUUGAUGCUACUGCCGGAAUCUUGAUUUUCCGGCGGGUUUUUCCGGCGAGGGAGGUACCGAAGUUCCGGCCGGUGGCGUUUAACUUGACGGACUUUGGUGGGGUUGGGGAUGGUGUAACUGUUAAUACGGAGGCGUUUGAGAAGGCAAUAUUAGCUAUUGCUAAACUUGGGAAGAAAGGUGGAGGGCAGCUCAAUGUGCCACCGGGAUAUUGGCUGACGGCGCCGUUUAAUCUUACUAGCCAUAUGACUCUGUUCCUUGCUGAGGGAGCUGUUAUAUUGGGUAUUGAUGAUGAGAAGUACUGGCCUCUCAUGCCUCCCUUACCUUCAUAUGGGUAUGGACGAGAACAUCGUGGACCACGCUAUGGAAGUUUAAUCCAUGGACAAAAACUGAAAGACGUGAUAAUCACAGGGCAUAAUGGUACUAUUAAUGGGCAGGGUCAAGCAUGGUGGAAGAAAUUCCGGCAGAAGCUUCUUAACCAUACCCGAGGACCGCUUGUGCAGAUCAUGUGGUCUACUGACAUACUAAUAUCAAAUAUAACUUUACAAGAUUCUCCCUUUUGGACACUCCAUCCAUAUGACUGCAAGAAUGUAACAAUCAGGAAUGUUACCAUCCUGGCACCCAUUGCUGGGGCUCCAAAUACUGAUGGCAUAGAUCCAGAUUCUUGUGAAGAUGUGUUGAUAGAGAACUGUUACAUCAGCGUUGGUGAUGAUGGCAUCGCAAUAAAGAGUGGAUGGGAUCAGUAUGGAAUUGCUUAUGGACGUCCUUCAAAGAAUAUACUCAUUCGAAACCUUGUCAUCCGUUCCAAUGUCAGUGCUGGUGUAUCAAUAGGAAGUGAGAUGUCUGGUGGAGUGUCAAAUGUCACUGUGGAAAACCUCUUUAUCUGGAACUCAAGACGUGCUGUACGCAUCAAAACAGCACCUGGAAGAGGAGGAUACGUUCGAGAUAUAACAUACAAGAACUUGACAUUCGAAAACGUGAGGGUGGGAAUCGUCAUCAAAACAGAUUACAAUGAACAUGCUGACGAGAGUUUUGACCCCAAAGCUGUCCCAAUGCUGGAAAACAUAAGCUACACAACAAUCCACGGUGAGGGAGUUCGCGUGCCUGUUCAAAUCCACGGUAGCAAAGAAAUCUGGGUGAGAAACGUCACUUUCAGAGAUAUGUCGGUUGGGUUAACGUACAAGAAGAAGCAUAUAUUCCAGUGUGCUUACGUUCAAGGUCGUGUUAUUGGGACUAUCUUCCCUGCCCCUUGCAAGAACCUCGAUCUAUAUGACGAACAAGGACAUCUGAUCAGACGUUCUGAUGCUCAAAACGCGACAGACAUAGAUUAUGACAUUUGAACUGAUUCCACGGACUGCCUGCAUAGUGGGAGCUUAGUCCACCGGGCUGUGUUUUUUUUUUUUUUUUUUUUUUUUACAUUUUGUUCUCUGCUAUACAUACAGAAAGAAGUCCUUUUGAUGUAUUCAAACCCACAGAUCCAAUGUAAAGAACAGUUCCUUUGUUCCUGUACAGAAUCUUUUUUCCAUAAAGUUA